AGCCGGGCAGCGGCUCUCUCAGCCUUGGCAACCCCAGGGGCCACUAUUUCCCACUUAGCCACAGCUCCAGCAUCCUCUCUGAGGGCUGUUCACCAACUGUACAACCACCAUUUCACUGUGGACAUUACUCCCUCUUACAGAUAUGGGAGACAUGGGCGAUCCACCAAAAAAAAAACGUCUGAUUUCCCUAUGUGUUGGUUGCGGCAAUCAAAUUCACGAUCAGUAUAUUCUGAGGGUUUCUCCGGAUUUGGAAUGGCAUGCGGCAUGUUUGAAAUGUGCAGAGUGUAAUCAGUAUUUGGACGAGAGCUGUACCUGCUUUGUUAGAGAUGGGAAAACCUACUGUAAAAGGGAUUAUAUCAGGUUGUACGGGAUCAAAUGCGCCAAGUGCAGCAUCGGCUUCAGCAAGAACGACUUCGUGAUGCGCGCCCGCUCCAAGGUGUACCACAUCGAGUGUUUCCGCUGCGUGGCUUGCAGCCGUCAGCUCAUCCCUGGGGAUGAGUUCGCGCUUCGGGAGGACGGGCUCUUCUGCCGUGCAGACCACGACGUGGUGGAGAGGGCCAGCCUGGGCGCCGGUGAUCCGCUCAGCCCUCUGCACCCGGCGCGGCCGCUGCAAAUGGCAGCCGAGCCCAUCUCUGCCCGGCAGCCGGCCCUGCGGCCCCAUGUGCACAAGCAGCCCGAGAAGACCACCCGCGUUCGGACUGUGCUGAACGAGAAGCAGCUGCACACCUUGCGGACCUGCUAUGCCGCCAACCCCCGGCCAGACGCGCUCAUGAAGGAGCAACUGGUGGAGAUGACAGGCCUCAGUCCCCGCGUGAUCCGGGUCUGGUUUCAAAACAAGCGGUGCAAGGACAAGAAGCGGAGCAUCAUGAUGAAGCAGCUCCAGCAGCAGCAGCCCAAUGACAAAACUAAUAUCCAGGGGAUGACAGGAACUCCCAUGGUGGCUGCCAGUCCAGAGAGACACGAUGGUGGCUUACAGGCAAACCCAGUGGAGGUGCAAAGUUACCAGCCGCCUUGGAAAGUACUGAGUGACUUCGCCUUGCAGAGUGACAUAGAUCAGCCUGCUUUUCAGCAACUGGUGAAUUUUUCAGAAGGAGGACCGGGCUCUAAUUCCACUGGCAGUGAAGUGGCGUCGAUGUCCUCUCAGCUCCCAGAUACACCUAACAGCAUGUAGCCAGUCCUAUUGAGGGCAUGAGGAACAUUCAUUCAGAUGUAUUUUUUUUUCCCUGUUGGAGAAAGUGGGAAAGUAUAAUGUUGAACUCCGAAACAAAAGUAUUUAACGACCCAGUCAAUGAAACUGAAUCGAGAAAUGAAUGCUCCAUGAAAUGCACGAAGUCUGUUUUAAUGACAAGGUGAUAUGGUAGCAACACUGUGAAGACAAUCAUGGGAUUUUACUAGAAUUAAACAACAAACAAAACCCAAACCCAACAUACGCUAUCCAAUGACCUUAGGAGUACUGAAAAAAAAAAAAAAAAA